AUUGCCUUCUCACUAACAAACAGCAAACCCCCAUGAACUCGAUUGCUGUUUCAUUUACUUUCAUCCAAACCCCAUUAAACAACAAGAAUUGGUGCAAAACCCAGAUAUUAAAAACCGCACCUUUGAAAUCACACACAAGAAAUUCCCUAUGUUUCUCUUCUUUAUCAUCUCCAAAACCUUACAUUAAACCCUACAACCAAACCCAAGAAAAAGACUCCAUAAAACAGAAAACCCAAACUCAAAAGCUGAAAGAUUUAGUGAAUAAGCUCAAUCAAGAGGAAUCAAACCCUCUUCAAAUCCUCAGAGAUGAAGGAGAUUGGAGCAAAGAUGAGUUCUGGACUGUUAUUAGGUUUCUCAAAGAAACCUCUCAGUAUAAUCAAAUUCUUCAGGUGUUUGAAUCAUGGAAGAACAUGGAGAAAACCCGAAUUGAUGAAGUUAAUUAUGAGAAGAUUAUAGUGUUGUUAGGUGAAGCAGGUCUUAUGGAAGAAGCUGUCACUCUUUUGCAAGAAAUGAAGGGUCAUGGUUUUGGUGCAUCUUUGAGAGUUUACAAUUGCAUGAUUCAUGGACUUGCCCACGGAGGUGACUUCGAAAAUGCGUUAAUCUUUUUGAAAGAGAUGGUGGAAGAAAGUGGUGUGAAGCCUGGAGUUGAAACUUAUAAUGGACUUCUUCAAGCUUAUGGGAAGUGUAGAAUGUAUGAUGAGAUGGGUAAGUGUGUGAAAAGGAUGGAGUCGGAAGGUUGUGUGCCUGACUGUGUUACGUAUAAUUUGCUCAUUGUGGAGUUUGCAAAAGGUGGACUGCUCAAAAGAAUGGAACGAGCUUAUCGAACUAUGCAGUCAAAGAGGCUGGAUUUGAAAGCUUCGACUUUGUUUGCAAUGCUUGAGGCUUAUACAGAUUUAGGAAUUGUAGAGGAGAUGGAGAAGAUAUAUCGCAGGGCUUUGAACACGAGGAUCUCGUUUGGCGAAAGUUUGAUUAGAAAAAUAGCUGGAGUUUACAUUAAAAGCUUCAUGUUUUCAAGGUUAGAUGAUUUUGGAAUUGAUAUGGCUUCAAGAUAUGGGAAGAAGGAUCUCAUUUGGUGUCUUCGGCUUCUUUCUGCGGCUCGUCUUCUUAGUAAAAAAGGCAUGGACUCCAUUGUUCGGGAGAUGGAAACAGCUAAAUUUCCAUGGAAUAUAACAACUAUGAAUAUUAUGGCUCUCGCGUAUCUGAAGAUGAAAGAUAUGAGGCAGUUGGAUAUAUUGCUUUCGCAAGUUCAAGCAAGGGCUGUCAAACCUGAUAUUAUUACUGUGGGAGUUCUAUGUGAUGCUGCUGUAAUCGGCUUUCGUGUGUCUGGGGUAGUUGAUUUAUGGAGGCGGAUGGGCUUCUUAGACAAAAAGGUUGAAAUGAACACUGAUCCGUUGGUUCUAACUGCUUUUGGGAAGGGUUAUUUUCUGAGUAGUUGUGAAGUAAUGUAUACUUCUGCAGAACCAGAAGAACGAGAAAAGAGAGCCUGGACUUAUCGCGAUUUCAUCGACUUGGUAUCCAAACACAAAUCAAUAGAUUCCAGUCAUUAAAAAUUAGUCAUAACAAUGUUUAU